AUGAAUUUGCGACAGGAUCUUGCUGGAGCGUGGGACGCGGCACAGACGUACCUUGCCAAUGCCAGGGACUGGUAUAUGGAGCUCACGACAUGGAAGAAACUGCUUCUUCUCGCCAUUCCCGUCGCAUACGUUAUCGUCCACAUGUUGGCGUCGCGGUACUAUUCUGUCCUUGUGCACAAGAUGGUCGAGGUGGCAGACCAUUGGGCGUCGUGGGGGAUCCAUGGAAAGCUGCUGCUGUUCGCGCUGGUCAUGACAGUCAGUUUCCCGCCGGUUAUCGGCUACUCGGCGCUGUCCCUGCUGACAGGCAUGGUCUACGGGUUUGCUGGCUGGCCGAUCAUCGCCUCGGCAACCCUCCUUGGCUCGACGCUGUCGUUCCUGCUCUGUCGUCGCUGGCUUCAGCCGUACGCCGUUUGGUGCAUGCACCGAAACGUGAAGCUCAAGGUGUUCGUGUCUGCUCUCAACGACGAAAAGGCCCCGUAUUGGCAGAACUUCGGCUUGAUGUGUCUGGUUCGGCUGUGUCCGCUCCCCUACUCGCUCUCGAACGGGGCGCUGGCGGCCAUCCCGACCCUGGAACCCAGCAUUUACGUGGGAGCCACAGCUGCAACCAGUCCGAAAUUACUAGUUCCUAUAUUUAGUGGCUACCAGCUACGGAAGAUGAUGCAAGACGGACGGAGCCCAGGAAUGCAGACGGUGGACUUCCUCGGCAUGGUGAUCGCGCCGCUGUCGUUUGCGGCCGUCAUCUACGUGAUUUAUAGGCGUGUUUCUCGAAAAUUGGAGUCGCAUGAAAUUGACGAACUUUCCAAUUUGGGCUUGGAGGAUGCUUAG